AUGGUCUACAAAGGAAUCCUCACAUGGGGGAAUCGUGUAAACGAACUAGUUGUUGUAAAACGUCUAGAUGCCAGUGGAUUUCAAGGUAACAAGGAGUUCCACACAGAGGUGACAAUGCUUUCAGAGUAUCAGCACCAAAACAUUAUAACCCUUAUAGGUUUUUGUGAUGAUAACAAUGAGAUGAUCCUAGUUUACGAAUAUGCAAUCAAUGGAAGCCUCAACACUUAUUUAAGUGUCACUACAACGACGGAUGACUUAUCAUGGCAACAUUGUCUCAAAAUAUGGAUUGAUAUUGCUUUUGUUUUGUACUACCUUCAUAACCAUGUGGCUAAAAAGCACAGAAUAAUUCACCACGAUAUAACAAGCGCGAAUAUUUUGUUGGAUGAAAAUUGGAAUUCAAAACUUUCGGAUUUUGGAUUAGCUAGGAUUGGUUUACCAAAUCAACAUAACACCUUUGUGAUCACUCACCCUGGUGGUACACCUGGUUAUAGUGACCCACAAUAUGAAAGAACAGGUUUUUUAACGAAAGAGUCAGACGUUUAUUCAUCUGGUGUGGUUUUGUUUGAAGUUUUGUGUGGAAGGCUAGCAUAUAUUUUGAGUUACCAUGAUGAACAGAAAUUUCUCCAUCAUUGGGCUCGAACGCACUACAAAAAUGGAGAGCUGGAUGAGAUUAUUGAUCACAGAAUAAAGAAUGCUAUCAAACCAAAAGCAUUGAGAACAUUUUCAGCUAUUGCUUAUCAAUGUUUGCAAAAAUCUCGGGAAGAAAGACCUACAAGUGCUGAGAUUGUAUACCAACUUAAGGACACCAGGAAAAUCCAAUUAGAAGAUGAAGGAGAUGCACACUUCUCUAGUCCAUACACAAAGGGAAUCUUUCGUCAAUCUUCAGCAAACAAGGGAGAAAUGUAUGAAUAA